UGCCGCUAUACCUAUCUGAAAUACAAACAAUUAAAGCCAAAAUCAGGAUCAGGCAAAAUGGUUGUCAAGCACAGAAAGGAUUUUGCCGCCACAAAAUAAAAAUAAAAUCGAAUCUAACCGCCCACAGAAAACGCCAAAAAAAGGAAAAAUAAUUAAAAUCGAAUCCUCAUAUUUAUUCAUCCCCAGCCCUUCGAAACAUUACACAAACUCCAUUUUUUCCAGUCCUGUUCUGUCUGUGUGGAAAGAAAAUGGCGAGCUCCAAAUGGCAGGGCUCUGUAGAAAGCAAUGUCAUGGCACCGCUGGAAGUCGUGUGGAAGAUAACAAGAGACUUUUACGGCCUACAUAAGUGGUUUCCGGGCAUGAAAUCGUCGGAAAGAGUGGAAGGAGCGCCUGAACAGGGCGUGGGCUCUGUGCGCCGCUGUAUAAGACCAUUGCAUGAUGGCACUGAAUCUUGUGUCCUAGAGGAGCUCAUUUCUCAGGACGAUUCUAACCAUUCAUAUACAUAUCGCAUCACGGAAACAAAUAUUCCGGGCUUUAAUGGCUACCAGGCUACCAUUCAAGUCUGUGAAGCGAAGGAACAGGACAACUGUUUGCUGAAAUGGUCUUUCGAGAUGGACCUUACCGACGGCCAUUCCAAAGAGGAUACUGAAGCCCUUUUUAGUUCCAUUCUCACUGGCAUUGCCAAGCAUUUGGAACAGCUCAUUUCUUCACAGUAAAACUUGUAAAUUGUCUGUUAUGUUUGUCAAUAAGUCGAUUUCAUAUGUGUGGUGUUUUGCAGGGCUGCCUGUGUUUUAAGUGAUGUUUGUUUUGAUAGACUUUUGUGUGUUCGGGGGGAUUUGAGUAAUUCUUCUUGUCAAAU